CACAAACCAAGAAAGACUGCUGGAAGCUCUUUAAAAGGGAUAAUAAAUCUUGUUUCUCCCUCUCAACCGGAGAAAACAGGGUUUAAGUUCUUUUCCACAACAACACUCAUUAAAGACAAAAACAAAUAAAGAUGAAGCGAGUUACUACUAAAAGCUUUGCUUCUCUGGCGAGUCUGGUGUUAGCUGUUGUGUUCCUCUUCUCUCUGAAAGCUACUGCGGCGGCGAAUGUAACAUAUGACCACCGUUCUCUCUCAAUCGGCGGUCGCCGUCAGCUCAUUAUCUCAGCCGCCAUUCAUUAUCCCAGAAGUGUUCCAGCUAUGUGGCCAUCGCUUGUUCAAACAGCAAAAGAAGGAGGCUGCAAUGCAAUAGAGUCCUAUGUGUUUUGGAAUGGCCAUGAGCCUUCUCCUGGAAAGUAUUAUUUUGGUGGACGGUAUGAUAUAGUGAAGUUCAUCAAGACUGUUCAGCAAGCUGGAAUGCAUAUGAUUCUGCGUAUUGGACCUUUUGUUGCUGCUGAGUGGAACUACGGGGGAGUACCUGUUUGGCUCCAUUAUGUGCCAGGAACAGUCUUCAGGCAAGAUAACGAGCCAUGGAAGCAUUACAUGGAGAGUUUUACAACCUAUAUAGUAAACUUACUGAAGAAAGAGAAGCUUUUUGCACCACAGGGCGGUCCAAUAAUCUUGUCUCAGGUGGAAAAUGAGUAUGGGUAUUAUGAGCGUGAUUACGGAGAAGGAGGGAAGCGGUAUGCUCAAUGGUCUGCUUCUAUGGCUGUUUCACAGAACAUUGGUGUUCCAUGGAUGAUGUGCCAACAGUGGGAUGCUCCUGCCACUGUGAUUAGUACCUGCAAUGGCUUUUACUGUGACGAGUUUACACCUAAUACAGCUGAUAAACCCAAGAUAUGGACUGAGAACUGGCCUGGAUGGUUUAAAACUUUUGGAGGCAGAGACCCACAUAGACCAGCAGAGGACGUAGCUUACGCUGUUGCUCGUUUCUUCCAGAAAGGAGGAAGUGUUCACAACUACUACAUGUAUCAUGGAGGAACAAACUUUGGACGUACUUCAGGAGGACCAUUCAUCACAACAAGCUAUGACUAUGAAGCUCCCAUCGAUGAGUAUGGAUUGCCAAGAUUACCAAAAUGGGGGCACCUUAAGAAUCUCCAUAAAGCUAUAAUGCUCUCUGAAAACAUGUUGAUCAGUGGCGAGCAUAGGAAUUUUUCGUUAGGCCCUUCACUAGAGGCUGAUGUGUACACAAGUUCUUCAGGAAGCUGUGCUGCGUUUCUGUCAAACUCAGAUGAUAAAAACGACAAAACGGCUGUAUUUCAAAACAAGACAUAUCACUUACCUGCUUGGUCAGUUAGCAUUCUACCUGACUGCAAAAACGAGGUUUUCAACUCUGCAAAGGUAACUGCGAAGUCCUCUAAGGUAGAAAUGUCACCUGAAGAUUUGAAGUCUUCAUCAGGUCUUAAAUGGCAAGUGUUCUCAGAGAAGCCAGGUAUCUGGGGAGAAGCAGACUUUGUGAAAAAUGAACUUGUUGAUCAUAUCAACACCACAAAGGACACAACUGACUAUCUUUGGUACACAACAAGUGUAACAGUCAGUGCUAAUGAAGAGUUUCUGAGAAAAGGAACCGGCCCGGUUCUGUUUAUUGAAUCAAAGGGGCAUACUCUUCAUGUUUUCAUUAACAAGGAGUACUUAGGAACUGCGACAGGGAAUGGAACUCAUGUGCCUUUCAAACUCAAGAAAUCAGUUCCUCUCAAAGCAGGAGAAAACAAUAUUGAUCUGCUUAGCAUGACUGUUGGUCUUUCGAAUGCAGGGUCCUUCUAUGAAUGGGUUCCAGCUGGACUUACAAGCGUCUCAAUAAAAGGACUCAACAAUGGCACAUUGAACUUGACAAAUAGCAAAUGGUCCUACAAGCUCGGUGUGCAAGGAGAGCAUCUAGGUAUCUUCAAGCCAGGUAACUCUGGGGGUGUCAAAUGGACCGUGACUGCUAAACCUCCCAAGAAACAACCAUUGACUUGGUAUAAGGUUAUCAUAGACCCACCUUCUGGAAGUGAACCGGUUGGGCUUGAUAUGAUCAGUAUGGGGAAAGGAAUGGCUUGGCUAAACGGUGAAGAGAUUGGAAGAUACUGGCCCAGGAUUGCUAGAAAGAACUCUCCUAAUGAUGAAUGCGUUAAAGAAUGUGACUACAGAGGCAAAUUUAUGCCGGAUAAAUGCAACACUGGAUGUGGAGAGCCAUCUCAAAGAUGGUAUCAUGUUCCACGAUCAUGGUUUAAGCCUUCCGGGAAUGAGCUUGUGAUCUUCGAGGAGAAAGGUGGCUAUCCCACGAAGAUAAAGCUGUCUAGACGGAAAGUCUCUGAGGUUUAAACAAGAAAGUUAAUGAUCAAUAAUGCAUGAACCUGAGUUAUGUUACCAUGAAGCCAAAGAGAAGAUCGUUUUUUGUCUGUAUUUUUUCUGUUGCAACACCAAAAUAACAAACAAGAUUUCUAUCUGGUAACACAUCUUACACCAUCAAGCUAUAACUUAAGCAUUGUUCACAUUACAUUUUCACUCAUUCUAUCUCCUGAAUUACAACACCGCCUUUUCGAGUAUGACCUUUCUCCUUCACAUCUCUAAACCCUUUGUACUCAUUAAGCUCAACAAUCAAACUCUUCUCUGCCCUAACCGAUGCCUCCAACGCUCGCCACACUUCCGGAGUCUGCUCAUUAACCCAACACAUCAUGAAAAACACUUUCCUAUCCGCAAGCUUCAGUUUCUUCUUCAGCUCACGCCCUGAAGAUCUAACUUCCUGUAUCCCACCAACAAUCACCCUCUGGAGAUCACAAAGCAAACACACAAGAGCUCCACUACCAAGAGAAAGCAAAUGAAUCACAUCAUCAACCAAACUCAACCCAAAUUUCAAACCACCACCAAGACUUUUAUAAUCUGAAGAACACGUCUGCUCCAAACAAAACGACAACACUUCCUUCAAACUCCCAGGUUGUGCGUUCUCCCCCAACACUGACGAAACACUAAGCACCAUCGUCCCUGCACCUAACGAAUCAGACUCCCAUUCUCCGUUAUAGAUACGAAGGGUAAAACAGUAACUAUACAAAACAUCAACCAAGUGGAUUGGUAACAACGGAGACGCCUUCUUGGAGCUAAGCUUGCUCAAUGAGACUAAAGACGCAUCGGGUCCUUUAGGGAUUCCACUCACAAAGGUUGCUCCUUUAUCAUCAUCAUCCCCUUCAAGGCAUUGUACCAAUUGCUUACCUUGAGCCCCAAGGUUAAUCCUUUGAGCUGAAUAACUUAACCACCAAGGAUCCCAAGGCUCAAUCAUUUUACUAAUCUCUCCACAAGCUAAAGCUCUUUGGAAACCUUUCCUCUCCUCUAAGCUCAAAUCAUCGAAACUAAUCUCAUCUCCAGCGAGAAUCUUCUCAAUUGUUUCCUUCGGUAACGAACCUUCACAAUCCGUGAUGACGUCAUCAUCUUCUUCUUCCUCUUCUUCUUGGUGAAACCGUUUCAGAAUCUCGAGCAUCUUCGUUCUAGUUUGGUCAUCGGAGCGGACUUGGCGCAGCUCGUCGACGACGUUCUCUCGCAUGAAGGACUCGGUGCAUUGGACGCUGUGGGAUUUGUAGCAGGGGAGAGAGCAGUAGCGGGAGUUGCAGCGAGGACACGUGUACUGCGCGAGCUGCUUGUUGCAGACGUGGCAGAUGGUACGUGUUGAAGAGGGGAUUAGAGGAGAGGAGUUUGGAGUCUCCGAUGUAAGGAUCGUCUUCUCCGGCGUCAUCUUUUCGCGAGGAUUCGAGAAUUAGGGUUUUAGUUUGAAGAAGACAAGAUCC